GAAAAAAAACGUAGAAGAAGAACGGGAACGUCAGCAACGAAGAAGAACUUACAAUUUCCCCACUGGCUUAAAUAAACAUGUUAAGAAGACAAUUUUCCUGUGAUAAGUAGUCUUAUUCUACAUCAUACAAUCAGCUGAAUUUAUGCGGCAUUAAGGGUAUAAUCACACAUGAUCCGGUGCCGUUGUAUGGCGUCUCAUCAUCACGUUUACGGAUGAAAAUCAGCUAGCAGGCUCGUUGUGUUCAUUGUGCGAAGGAUGCCGCUGGGCCUGAAGCCAUGCUGCGCCGUCUGCAAGACCAACUCGUCGUCCAUGUGGAAGAAGGGCAACCAGGGCGACAUUUUGUGCAAUAAUUGCUCGGUGAAGAGCGGCGGCGGCGGUGGGGCGUCAGGAAUCUCCGCGUCCUCCGGCACUCAGCCCAGCAAUGGAGGCGGCAAGCAGUCGAAGCAGGAGAGCCACAGGAGGUCGGCACGCCUGAGGAGCACCAAAUACAAAGCCCCCGCUUCCGAGAAGAAGGUGUCCACCAAAGGCAAGGGCAGGAGACACAUUUUUAAACUCAAGAAUCCAAUCAAAGCGCCGGAAUCCGUCUCCACCAUCAUCACGGCCGAGUCCGUGUUUUAUAAGGGCGUGUACUACCAGAUCGGCGACGUGAUCAAGGUGACGGACGAGGAGGACGGGAAGGCGUACUACGCCCAGAUACGAGGCUUCGUUCAGGACCAGUACUGCGAGAAGAGCGCCGCGCUCACCUGGCUCAUUCCCACCCAGGCCAGCCCCAAAGACCACUUUGACCCCGGCACUUACAUAUUAGGUCCGGAGGAGGACCUGCCCAGGAAGAUGGAGUACCUGGACUUUGUGUGCCACGCGCCGUCCGAGUACUUCAAGUCGCGGAGCUCGCCGUUCCCCACCGUCCCCGUGCGUCCGCAGAAGGGUUACAUCUGGACGCACAUCGGACCCACGCCCGCCCUUGCCGUCAAAGAGUGUGUGUAGCGCAGCCACCCUUUUAACCAACUUAUAUAUUUGUACAGUCAUGUGUUAAUAUGUAUAUAUUUAAAAAAAGAAAGACCGGUUCGGACCAGCGAAAUGCGGAAAAAAUAAAUGUCAAAAGUUUU